AGAGGAGGUGUUUUCCUCUGUCUAAACUUGCAACCAAGGGGUUAAGGUCUGUUCCAUAAACUCUCCUGUGCUUCAAGAAUCUCCUUGUGCAGGCUUUAAAUACUGAUUUGACCAAUCACAUUUUACACACAGCCUGCCACUGAGAAAAUAACUUACUACUACUACUACUACUAGCCCAUAGCUUGCACUGCCUCCUCACACUUUACCACAGCUUCCAGCUAGGUAACACACCACAGCACAGACACGAUGGGAACUGUGAGAGUGUUACUCUUCGUCGUUAUACUGUCACCGUGGGUGCUCUCCUUGACUGGGAAACACCAGGAUUCAACGCUCCGACUGAAACACCAGGAUGUAUUGUCCGCUAGAGAAGUUUAUCUGGAAGCAAGGAGGUCUAAGAGAGAGGCAGCAGCGUUGUGGCUGGGAGAGGACUAUGACUCCAGAAUGGUCUUCCUGCCUGCUGAUGAACCAGACGAUGCCCCAGCCUCAGAGCUGCCCACAUGCCUGCUGUGUGUGUGUCUGACCGGCUCUGUGUACUGUGAGGAAGUUGUUCCUGAGAUGACUGCUGUGCCAACCCUGCCCAAGGAGACUGCCUACUUCUACGCCCGCUAUAACAAGAUCAACAAGAUCACCAAUAAAGACUUUGCAGAUAUCGUGACUCUGAAGAGGAUCGACCUGACGGGAAACCUGAUCUCUGAGAUCCAGGACGGAGCGUUCUCCAAGCUUACCCUAUUGGAGGAACUCAAUUUGGCUGAGAACCAUCUGGUCAAGCUGCCCAUGCUGCCUGGCAAGCUCACAACCUUCAACGCCAACCACAAUCAGCUCAAAACCAAAGGGGUCAAGGCCAACGCCUUCAAGAAACUGAGGCAGCUGGUUAACCUGUUCCUCGGAGACAAUGAGCUGGAGGCCGUGCCAGUGAUCCCUGAGAGCGUCCGCAUUAUUCACCUACAGAACAACAACAUCACUGAUGUCACCUCCGACACGUUCUGUAAUGGCAACAACACGUACUACGUCAGACCCAACCUGAUAGAGGUGAGGUUGGAUGGGAACCCAGUGCUGCUGUCCAAGUCCCCCGACAGCUUCACCUGCCUCAAGUCUCUGCCCGUCGGAAAGUACCGCUAAACAAAAUACUCCCUGGGGAAAUUUGUCCAAAAUUCCCAGGUUUUCCAGAAAUCCUAGUUCUUGAAUGAGUAGGGAAUAAACAGGGAAUCCGGAAUACUCCAAACAGGAUUUCUGUAUAACUAGGGGAUUUAGGAAAAGUUUUCCAAUGUUAAUGGACUUCCUGGUUAUUAAAUAACAUUACAGUAGUAAAACAGACAGCUUCUACAGGGCUUUCAGCCAGACAGACACAUACUGAAUAGAUUCAACGCAAUUCCCUAUUCUACUUGACGAAGACAAGACCAUCUGAUAUGACUGGUCGUCUACACAAUUACAUUCCAUUUCUGUCUGAAAGUUUCUUCUGUAAAAAAUUGUGCCCAGGUCUUUCUCAGUGUCUUUCAGAAGGCUAGUGGAUUGGGACUGAAACGUUAGCGUGUCACAUUAGCAAGCUACGUCAGGCUUCCUCUCUGUGUGGAUUGGGACUGAAACGUUAGCUUUUCUCAUUAGCAAGCUACGUCAGGCUUCCUCUCUGUGUGGAUUGGGACUGAAAUGUUAGCGUGUCACAUUAGCAAGCUACGUCAGGCUUCCUCUCUGUGUGGUUUCUGACUGAAUCUCCUUUACAUUUAGACUGGUCUUGAACAUAAACUUGAACACAUGAAUGAGCUCAAUGGUCUGAAGCCUUUGUAAAUACACCUUUUAUUCAAUGUCUGCUUCUGCAUAAUGUAUGAAUUAUGACUUCUUCAAAAUGUUGAGUCAAGCUUUUGGCUUUCUGAAUUCUGUGAAUUACCUUCAUGUAAACUGGUUCUUAAGUAGAAGUUGACAAUAAAUGUAUCUUUGAAAUACGUAGCCUGUAGUAAUGUGAACCUAAUGUGUCUCAAAAUUGUAAGCUUUGAUAUUGAAAUGGUGGAAUCAGAGAUUGUAUGAUCCUUUUCUAAAGUCCUUUUAGAAAAGGAUCAUUAGGAAUUAUUACCUGUGGUUAUUACCUGUGGUUAUUACCUGUGGUUAUUACCUGUGGUUACUACCUGUGAUUACUACCUGUGAUUACUACCUGUGGUUAUUACCUGUGGUUAUUACCUGUGAUUAUUGCCUGUGGUUAUUACCUGUGAUUACUACCUGUGUUUAUUAUCUGUUAUUAUUACAUGUGGUUAUUACAUGUGGUUAUUACCUGUGGUUAUUACCUGUGGUUACUACCUGUGGUUAUUACCUGUGGUUAUUACCUGUGGUUAUUACAUGUGAUUAUCACCUGUGGUUAUUACCUGUGAUUAUUACCUGUGAUUAUUACCUGUGAUUACUACAUGUGAUUAUUACCUGUGGUUAUUACAUGUGAUUAUCACCUGUGGUUAUCACAUGUGAUUAUCACCUGUGGUUAUUACCUGUGGUUAUUACCUGUGGUUAUCACCUGUGGUUAUUACCUGUGGUUACUACCUGUGAUUCUGACCUGUACAGUAAAACCCCCAAAAUUGUAUUUGACCGUGGCUGUGUUUUUAUAUAUUUUAAUAUAAUUAAAAUACUUGUAAAAAUUAAACCCUGCAUGAACGACAA